AUGGCUCCGAAGCGAAGCAGGAAGAUCCAGAAUGAGACUCAUAUCAUGGAAGGCGAGUUCGGGAAGUAUUUUUCUUCGAAUCUCGACAAUAAAAAGCUGGCUCUGCUGAAAGGUGCCUGCCAGAUCCCUCGUCGAGUGUCCUUGAUUACUCCAGGUCCGACAGAUUCUCCGGAGUCUCCACCUACCGGUCACACUUGCGCUUUUGAAAUUUUCUUUUCGGAAUGCGGGCUAUCUUUUCCGCUUCCCGGCCUUUUAGUCGAAUUGAUGCACGAGUUCGGAAUCGCACUUCCUCAACUAUGUCCAAAUGUAGUUAGGACCGUCCUGUGCCUCCAGACCCUCGCAGAGGAAAAUGGAUACCGUAUCACGCUAUCCGACGUACUCCAUCUUUAUACAGUAAAGAAGGGGCGAACUCCGGGGACGUUUUUCCUCAGUCCUCGGAGUAAAUUCAGAGUCUUCGGGGAUUUUCCCGAAAAGGACGAGCAAUGGAGAAAGUCCUACUUCUUCUUCGCUGUAGACGAAUUUUCUUAUGGUCCAAACACGGCUUAUUUCGUUCGUGAAUGGACUCGUCGUCCCGGUAGAUAGCUCCUUAGGUUUUUCACUGCUUUUCACUCGUCUUUUUUUUCCUUUCUAAUCCGUCAAUGUUUUUGCUUUUGCAGCUAAACCUCCGAAGAAAACGCUUUCUCAUACUUUUGCGGGACAAUUCGUAAAGAUUUGCAAUAGCAGCGACCUGUCGUGGGAAUUGUUCACUUGCGAACGCAUCCGGAGUUCGUGUGCUCGAA